AUGAUUGAAAACACUCUUCUUCUCUCUGUCAUCAUUGAUUUGCAGUUCUGGUUGAAACUUGAAACAAUGAAUCCGGAGUUCAAAGUUAUAGAGACUUGGACAGUUUGGGUUGCUAUUCUGAGCAUCUUGGUCUUUGUUGUGAAGGAGUUUGUUAUGGGGGGGAAGAGCUCAAAAGAAAGUGGUAGGAGAUAUGAUUUUGGUGCUUCUUCAUCUUCAUGGGAUAAUAAUAACUAUGGUGGAUACCACCCACAAGCACCGUACCCUUCUUAUCAAACUCCUCAGCACCAGCAUGCAUCAGCAUCAACUCCUUUUCAUGAUUAUGCUCAGCCAAAAAGGAAGUUGGAUAAAAAGUAUUCAAGGAUAACUGAUAAUUACCGUUCCUUGGAUGAGGUUACUGCUGCACUUGCAAAUGCUGGGCUGGAAUCUUCUAAUCUCAUUGUUGGCAUUGAUUUCACAAAGAGCAAUGAGUGGACAGGGAAGAGGUCAUUCAAUCGAAAAAGCUUGCAUGACAUUGGAAGUGGUCAAAACCCGUAUGAGCAAGCAAUUUCUAUCAUUGGGAAAACUUUAUCUGCUUUUGAUGAGGAUAACUUGAUUCCUUGUUUUGGAUUUGGAGAUGCGUCUACACAUGAUCAAGAUGUAUUUAGUUUCUAUUCGGAAGAUAGGUUCUGCAAUGGAUUUGAGGAAGUUCUAUCACGAUACAGACAAAUUAUUCCUGACCUCAAACUUGCAGGACCCACUUCAUUUGCCCCUAUUAUUGAAAUGGCUAUGACUAUUGUUGAGAAAAGUGGUGGCCAAUAUCAUGUCUUGCUAAUAAUUGCAGAUGGACAGGUGACUCGCAGCGUUGAUACACAACGUGGAAACUUAAGUCCACAAGAGAAGAACACGAUAGAUGCAAUAGUUAAAGCAAGUGAGUAUCCGCUGUCAAUAGUUUUGGUGGGAGUUGGAGAUGGACCAUGGGAUAUGAUGAGGGAAUUUGAUGAUAACAUCCCUUCUCGGGCAUUUGACAAUUUUCAGUUUGUGAAUUUUACUGGAAUAAUGACGAGGAAUGUAGAUUCAACCAGAAAAGAGACAGAUUUUGCCCUUUCAGCUCUGAUGGAGAUACCUUCUCAGUAUAAGGCAACCAUAGAGCUUGGCAUAUUGGGUGCACGGAGGGGACAUUCACCAGAUAGGGUUGCUCUACCCCCACCUCUUUAUGGUAGGACUUCUUCCAGCAUGAGCACAAAAUCGACAAGGUCAAACAGUUUUCAGCAGAGGGCCCCUACAUAUACUAGCUAUGAUAGCAGUGUUCACACAGAGGCAUCUGCAAGUUCUUUAUAUGAUAAUAAGGUUUGCCCGAUUUGUCUUACCAAUGCGAAGGAUAUGGCCUUUGGUUGUGGGCAUCAGACUUGUUGUGAGUGUGGAGAAGACCUGCAAUUCUGUCCCAUUUGCCGGAGCACAAUCCACACCAGAAUAAGGCUUUACUAG